AUGGACCCCGAGACCACUGUCGAUCUAAUCUCUUCGAAUGAUUCUUUGCAUACCAAUGUGCGCACACCAACAAGUGACUGUGAUCAGCCGGUCUCGGACGGUCCAGAUGCAGAUGAGUACGCGCGGAACCACGGCCUUAGCAUUGAUAGCUUGAAUUCAGAUCCAUGGAAGGGUUUGCUUGAGCGAGAUGAUCGCAUUGCGGUAACCCUCAUCCAGACCGACUUUGGUGAUCUGAUCGAGUCCGAAAGGCGCCUUGAAGAGCUCGCUUUUAGGUCUAUCCUCGAAAAAGCAGAGCAAUGGUCUGUUUCAGCAGAGUCCCUUACAAUCCUUCAGCAAGUCUGCAAGCCCUGCACAGACCGGGAGGUGGCAGCUCAUAUGGCAGAACUGUGCUUCACAGAUACUGGCGAGCUGAAGAAGCUCAAGGUCGAGCAACCUGCUCUGCGGAGUGAUCACCAGGCGGACUGCAGAAGGCUGGAGAGACGAGUCAAGGCCUUUCAAAAAGUCCUGCUAGAAGAUCAUCAUCUUCCGUUGCAUCCGGUCGACGUUGAGCAAGGGGAAGGACUCAAGUUUCCUGAAAGCGCGCGGAAAGGGGACGAGGCACUCAUGAAUAGUCUUUCAAAGGAGACAAUCGAAGUCACCAAGGACACACUGAUGUUCUUGGUCCAGGGCCUCAAGGCUGAUUGGAGCGAUGAUGAGCAACGUGAACUAAUGGAAGACAUCUCAACAUACACAGGGUUGAACCGAGUAGAGUAUGUGACUCCUCCACUCAGCCCUCGAAUGCAGCCCGAACAAGAGUAUUUCGUCCCGGAUGACCAAGAUUGCGCGAUCCCAAUCCUAUCCGACCCAAACUCUUCUUUGAGCACCGAGUUAGAGGCACUAGAAGGGAAGAUCUUGUCCAAGGACAACAACUUCUGGAGCGACAUUGCUUCCCAGCAACCCAAGUCACCGGACAGAUACGAUGAUAUCGACAUAUCGGGAAUGAUAAGAGCCGGAGAACUCUCAGUGCCAAAAUCGCCUUCAUCUUCCCCGGAAUUGAUUCCCCGGGACUUCAAGAUAGAAGUUCCUCUGUUGCCGGAUGACAGCAUCGUUCUUGCAGGCAACGUGCCUUCCCGCGUCCUGCUCCCUGAGGAUCUGGAAGUGGCCAAGAACCUCAUGACCAACGAGACAAUUCCAGGCGAAGCGGGUGUAUUGGAUGGACGACUGAACGAGUUCUUUGAAGAGACCGCAACAAGAGUGAUGCGCACUGCUGAGCAGGAGCAACUUCAGCCACUUGAUGCAACGGCACGCGUCACCACUCCAGUGAUGGAUUUCUCCAUGCCUCUCUAUGAAUGGGACGAACAGCUAUGGACUCCCCAGGUCAUGUUCGAAUGGAUACAGAAAACGACACACGUUGACUGGAAGGGCCUCAAGUGGCAGAAGAACAACCUCAAGGAGCAGAAGAUGGUAUGGGCUCCCUUGGCCCACAUGGCGGAGAAGCAAUUGAUAGCAGAGGCGGUCGAGGUUGUUCCAAACGUUCUUGCUUUCUUUUUGGACGAACCGCGGGAAGCAGAGAUACAAACCAGUGCCGAUUUCGUCCACACACAACCCGGGAUGUUGUUCCUGCGUAGGAACGAAAAUGAUGAAGACGAAAUCCUUGAGGAGAGACCAAGGGAGCCCAGUGCAUCCCCUCCAUCAACGGAACUGGUUCUUUCAAGUACGAGCAUCACUACAACCCGUCCUUGCAGUAGGUCAUCCCACAUCUGUCAGGCCCAAGAAUCCAUAGAUGUACAGACCAGGCCGAGUAUUUCGCCAUCCACUCUUUCCAUCUUGCAACCUCAAGACCUGUCAAGCCUUCUGCGAGGAAAGAAGAGGCAGCUUGAACUUUUCCAACGGCAUUCCUCACCAGUUGCCGGACCUUUGAUCCGGGUCCUUGAUGCGACCAACCAAGACCGUCCAAGUUCAACAAACGUACUGAGGGGAUUUGAAAGCGAGUAUACGGACUUCAGGGCGCUCGUGGAAAACUUUGUCGAGAUGAACAUGCCAAAGAAAGCCAAGCUCCGUCAUAGCCGCUUCAUCAACCAGCCGGCGCUGCCGCAACCACAACUUGCAGCCGUCUCCAACACGAAGCCCACGGAACCCAAGACUCAACCUGCGCCCGCACCCAUUCCUGCUCUUUCUCCGGAUAUUGUCCCUCCUAAAGCGCCUCCUCGGAUAAUCAUGUCUGCUGCGGUAUCCAACAUUAUCACGAGCCACCUGGAGAAGCUGCUCAUAGGCAUUGGCCUCAUCGAACGCGACUACGAGAGACUCAGACCAGAAAUUGUGUCUCCCGGUAGUAAGCAGCCAAACUGUGACGAAGCCGACUUCGUCUUGUCCCCAGCCACAGGGAUCAUAAUCACGACCAUGGUAAAGCUGAGACAGAAACCCCUCCCGGUAACCCCAGGCCAACAGCAACAACAGCCGACAUUCCGCAAUGUAGUUGAGAACGUAGCCAUGCGUCAUGAACGGCUUAUUGUCCUCAUUUCAGAGGGGAACAAGCAUAGCGAGACCAUGAACCCGCUAUCCCAAUCUGAUGCGAAAGCCCUCGCUGAGUUCCAGUGCUUCGCAGGUGGGCUACAGGCGCAGACUGACGUUCACGUCUUCUAUGUUGGCGGAGGCACCGAGACGUUGGCCAAGUGGGUGGCGGCCAUGGUAUGCAAUUAUGGAACAGAAGCUGAAGAGUGGCAGAGCAUACUGCUGCCUGUCGAAACCGGCUGGGAGCUUUUUCUGCGGAGAGCGGGGAUGAACGUGUUUGCUGCGCAGGUCGUCCUUGGAAUGCUUAAGGUUCCUGAUGACGAGUUUGCGAUCGGUGGAAAAGAGGGUAAGCUGUACGGCUUGCCGGCCUUCCUGAUGAUGUCGAGAGACGAGAGGGCUGAGAAGUUUGCGGAUAUAUUUGGCGGUAGGAGGCUUCUGGAUAGGGUGGGCACUCUGGUUGAUGAGUCAUGGGGAGAUGGAAGCGUGAUGGAGAUGGACAACGGCGUGCUGAGUCAGGAUAAGGAGGUUGUUGAUGUUUUCAGUGAUGAUAUCGAAUUCUCUGACAGCUUGGGUCCAGAUGAGCCCAAGGAGCAGUUCUCUGAUGGUUUCAGCCAGGAUUCUUCACCAUGGGAGUGA